CAGUGCAGCACUUUGGUGGUACUCUUUGCUAUGAGUUAGAUGAGCUUAGCUUUCUAAAGAUUGGAAUGGCAGUGUUUUGUGUACAUUUCAUAUUAACUGCCUGGGCAUUGUCUGUCCACACUGCACUGAGUGAUGGAGAUGGACAUUCUGGCUUUUAUUCAAAUGCAAUUGUUCAGAAUAUUUGGCCAGGGUUUACUAUGCCCACUGGUGGCCAUGGUGGAUUUUAUGAUGGUCAGCUGCAGCCUUCUAGCUUAAAUGAGCUUGAAUCUGGUUUUCCAAUGCCUGUACCAACCUGGGACUUCAUGAACACAGGACCUGACUUUGCUUUGUUGGUCUUGAACCCAUCUUGGAAUGGUCUUGCUAGGGCUAAUGUCUACCAAAGAGGAGAGCCAGUUUAUCUGGAAGUAGUUGCAAGUGUACCUGGUCGAGAGCUUUAUAUUCAUUCCUGCUAUGCUACCCCAUCUCCAAACCCUGCUGAUAAAUCCAGAUAUGCCCUCAUCUUGAACAAAGGAUGUGUGUCCUCCAAACAGCCCAUGUUAAAGUACAUCUCCAGACAGAGUGAUGUGAUUUACUUAAUCUUGGACACUUCCGAUUUGAAGUUCUCAAAGUUUUAUGUGCACUGUAGUGUGGUCCUCUCCAGUUUUGGGCUGACUCAGGACACCAAGUCUUGCAACUACAUUAAGAGCAAAUCCAGAUGGAUUGAUCUAGGUGGUGAGACAGAUGCAUGUGACUGCUGUGCCACAAAAUGCAGGGGAACUCCUUACUAUGAGGGUCUGUUCAGUGAGUUUAAAGCAAUGGUAAGCACUGGUCCACUGACCAUCAAGGAAAUGGAACAUGAGAAGCAGCUGUCUCUGUCCAACAGUACCUCAAUCACUGCCUCCAAGAUUGUGGCCUCGGCCACUUCCCAGACAGAUAACGGGAUCAUGUCUGGAGCAUCCCCUCUUGCUGGGAAAGGAUGGAUUGUAUCUGGAGCUACUGUGUCUGGCAGCUCUGUGCUCAACCACCCACCCUUGCUGACCCAACCUGUAACUGGGGAUUUGAUCAUAAGCCUAGAAAUAGGUGCUCCAUCUUGGCUUACAGGGUUGGUAAUGGAUCCACCUAGCCCGGUACUGGAGAUGGGAACUGGUUAUCCUAAGCAGAAGGGCAGUGCCAAAUUUACUAUGCUCAGUCAAAGCAGUGCUCCAGCUGAAUCUUUUUGGGGGAAAUCAGAAGCUGACUUUGAAGCAAUGAUGCAGAAAGACUUCAAGAUUUUUCCAGAGCUUGAAUCUAGACAGCAGGAACUUGCAAGUGUGGAUCAUGAUUAUGUGGCUGAUGACCCAAGUUUGACAAAUGAUGGAGACUUCAGAGACAUACCCAAGCAUGCACCAGGACACCAUGCCUCUGGUGAGGAGAAACUGAGGGGUGAUGUAUUUACAAGCUUCAGAGAGCCCCAGAUGGACACUGUCCCUGAAAUGGAGAACUUGAUCCCUUCUCUACAAUUAACUAAAAAUGUUUCUGAGAAGGUUGAAGACAAGGAUGAAGUUCUCGUUCUCACACAGACGGAAAUGCUCUUUAAGGUUAAAGGAGAUGUAGAAACCCAGCCAGAAUCUGUCAAGCGGUCCAAGCUGACCCUCACAAAAGCCUCAGAUGGAUCUAGUUUGCUCAGCUUUGAGGCAGAGGAGAGGUCACCCACUGCAGGUGAAGAGGCAGUCAGGAAAUCCACACUAGAGCUGAAGCAGAAGAUGGAGGAAGAAAAGCUUGACGGGUCAAAGAAACCAGAUGAGAAGGAACUGGUGUCGUCCCUGUUGGAUAUAGUGAGGGGAUUGAAUAAGAUGCCGUGACCUGUCAAAGAAAUUGCUGUGCAUCUCUAACCUAAUGUGUGCAAAUAAAGAUGAAGUAAACUGAACAUGAAUGA